UAACGGCGUUAACUUUUGGAGUUAAUAAAGGCACUUGUCGCGAUUAUAGGAGUCACAUGUGCAAAGUGAAUUUCGCCCUCCUUGAAUUGAAUUUCUAGAUCUGUCCCUGGGCGAGACUCCAAUACUGACAGCGGCAAAGCUGGGGAUCUACGAAAUGGUAGACUCGAUUCUCGACAGGUUCCCAGAGACCAUUAAAGAUAUGGACAACCAGGGGAAGAAUGCGGUGCUACUGGCAGCGGAGAAUCAACGCUGGGGAGUGUACAUAAUCCUAGAAAGGCGGAAGGUGGUGCACCGGAGCGUGUUCUGCCAAGUCGAUGCCGACGGCAACAGUGCUCUGCACUUGGCUUCUUGGUAUGAUGAAAAUCGAUGUCGGGGACUUCCGCAGCCAGUAAGAAAGAUUAUAAACGAAUUUCAAUGGUAUCAGGACGUUAAAAACUCUAUGCCGUCAAACUCUUUUGCUGUAAGAAACAACGCUGGGCAGACUGCUGAGGAGAUCUUAAUGGAAUCACACAAAGAACUGAGAAAAGAAGCACAUAAGUGGCUCACCACGACCUGCUCCGCGUACUCAUUGAUUGCAACGCUGAUUGCAACGGUUGGCUUUGCCUCAUCAUCGACCUUUCCUGGAGAGUACAAUGAUGAUAGGAGACCGAGACUUGAAGGGGAAGUCGCAUUCACUGUCUUCUCCAUCUCUUCGCUCAUCGCCUUCUGCACUUCCAUGUCUGCCACUGUCUUUUUCAUCACCAUUCUCACGGCCCAACAUGAGCUGGAGGACUUUGGAGAAAGCCUGCCCUGGGUGCUUCGGUUCGCCUGGAUCUGUCUUUUUGCAUCCAUUGCUAGCAUAGUGGUCUGUUUCAGCUCUGGAUUCUACUUCAAUAUGGGGAAUAUCAACAAGCUACACUGUGCUACAUACCUGAUAUUCGCAGCGAUGUGCUUGCCAGUGACCCUGUUCGCCAUCAUUCAAUUCCCAGUGUACUUCAACGUACUCUUCAUCCCUGCAAGGGGGAAGAAACUACCAGCAUUACAUUGAUGCUCAUUAGUUCGAUCUGAGUCAUAUAUUGUUCGAAAUGCUGAUAAAAAAUCAUCUUGAAGAUCUGUUUUGCUUGGAGUGAGUGUUGUCUGAUUUGGUGUGAAGAUUGAAGAACUCAUGUCUAUUAUGCUCCUUUCUGUUUAAGAUUUAUACAUACACUAUUAUAAUUUUGCAAUCAAACAUGUGAUUCAAAUUAACGAGCGGAUGCAAAAACUUUUUUUUUU